AUCAUGACUAAAGCACGUUGAAAACGGCGCAUAAACAGCGCGUUGCCGUUCAGGAACUUAAAACGCUAAAAAGGGACAGACACGUAUGAAUAGUUUUUUGUUUUUAAUUGUACGGUUACCGCGUCGUUUUUCCAAUUUCUUACCAUUUAAAUGCAGCUCCCCCACUGACUAUCUUACACGGCCGAGUGAGCGGCGCACAACCCGAGGAGCAUAGCAGCAGGAAACAUCCGGGACUUUGCAAUUCUGAAGGCCGCAUUUGGGUGGACUCGCGCCACAUAAACGAGGACACUUCAAUUACUACAAUUUAGGGAAGACUAACUUGGACAAAAUGUUUGGCUCGUCCAGAACUGGAGGUGUACGGGGAGGCCAAGACCAGUUCAACUGGGAUGAUGUUAAGACCGACAAACACAGGGAAAACUAUCUGGGGAAUUCCCUCAUGGCGCCGGUCGGCCGCUGGCAGAAGGGUCGCGAUCUAACCUGGUACGCAAAGGACAAGAAGGGCAGGGCGCAGUUAUCCCGGGACGCGGAGCUGGAGGCUGUGCGCCAGGCGGAGCAGGAUGCGCUUAUGGUGGCUUUAGGCCACAAGAAUAUAAAGAAACAACCAACCGGUCUUACUAGAGAGGACUUGUCUGAAUUGUGCAAAAGGGAGGAGGCAGACAGCGACACCCGAAACGUGGACCGAGUCUCUGGUCUCGGCAGUUCCAGUGCUGGAGCAAGAAAAGUCAUCCUCUCCAAGCAGGAAAAGGAGGCUAUAAAAAUGGGCUUGCCGGUGUUUACUCAUCAUAGAUGUGAAGAGAACCAGGAGACACCCAGCAAUAAGACUUCUGAGGACAAGGGGGAAGGUGCUGAUGAAGAAAGACGGAGUGACUCCGUACAGCGCGAUGGCAAGAGGAAGAAAAAGAAGGAAAAGAAGUGCAAAUCGGAGAAGAAGAAAAAGAGAAAGAAGAAGAGUCACCACAGAAGGGGGGAGUCCUCCUCAGGAUCCGAGUCUGAAGAUGACAGCGAUAGGAGGAGAAAGGACCACCAUCGUCCUCAUCCAUCAUCGGGCCGACAGAGUGGAGCCAGACCCCGAGAUGGCUAUUCAUCAGUGGGGGCAAAGGCCGGAGCCUGCCCCUCCUCCCCGCUCCGGCAGCACCAGCAGCGGCGGCGGCGUCAUGACACCGGGUCGUCCUCGGAUGGGGGCAUGGAUGCACCCCAUCGCUACAGUGGCCGCCCCCCCAUCGGACCCGGUCAGAAGAGACGCCACGACACGGACUCUGACAGCUGAUGGACCCCAAAGGGGCGCCCUCCCUUCUCCUGCCUCCACAGAAAUCCUGGACACUUCAGUCGUUGUGCCACAGUCCAAAAACACUUUAAAAACAUCCUCACCCUUUCCUCUCAUAGCUGCCUCAAACUCCCAAACCCUCCACCACAGCUGACCAGUAGCCGUUAAGAACAUUCACCAGCAGAGGGCAGUGUGGCCUUUUGUGCCGAAUCCUAAGUAUUCUUGAUGUUCUUAAUCAAAUGCUUCCCUUCUGAUUUAUAAUUCAUAUUACAACAUUCUCUGUUCUUGGCAAGCUUUGUGAGGCAGCGAUCAAGAUGAUUUUUAAUGCUUUUAUUGUUAUCCAUUGUGAACGUCGCACAUUUUUUUUCUGUGACAUUUAAAAUUAUCGGUUGACAUGAGGGAAAUUUUUGUCAUGAUAUUGAGGGCUUUUGAUACUUCGUGUAAUUAAUUCGUAAAGUAGUUUCUUUCAGUUGUCAUUGUAACACAGUUUUGUAUGCUACUGUAACAGAUGCGCAAAAUAAAUUUGUUUCUUGCUGUGGCACAA